AUGAGCAGCCAUAGAUCUUCAGACUCCGGUCGGAAGUCAUCGAGAAAGACCACGACGGCCCCGGCUUCAUCGUCGUAUGGUCAAGGCCAAGGAUACGGAACUACGCAGUACAACGACGGGCCAACAACCGCACCGCAACAAUACGCUUAUCCGUCCUCGUCAUCGACGUCGACGAUGCAGCCCUCCUACACCGAUAGCUUGAGUCAGCAUUCAUGGAACAGCUCAACAGGAAGCCCAGGUGGCAUGCCGUACAUUGAUCCCAGGGCCACAGAGGUGGCUUCCAGUCGUCGCCAACGCGCUGAAUACGCUCGUGAUCAUCCAGGCACCGCGCAGCCCCCUUCAGCGUAUCGGAUCGACCCCAGAGAGCAGAUCGCCAACUUCGACCAGAGGUUCCAAGGUCAACCAUCGGCAGCAACCCAGCCGUAUCAUUCUACAUCCACAUACGCCCUCAACCUUGACAUCGACUUUCCUCCAAGCCAAAGCCAGAGUCAAAGCCAAAGCCAAAGUCAAAGUAGAAGGGACGACAGACGCGGGGGUUCAUCAUCAUCUGGAAGCAAGCAUCACUCCUCUUCGUCUCGGCGUCAUAAAUAG